AAGUCAAAGUGGAGGUCAAGACGGAAGAUGACCCUCAGGUUGCCGGAGACGGACAGCAGGACAUUCAAGAGACAGAACGUCAGCAGGAGCAAGACGCCGCAGCUCAGGCCGAGCAAGUCAAAGUGGAAGCCGACAAAGGUGGCAACUACGGCCGCAAGAGACCGCACGAGGAGAGCAGGAGCUACGGCUACUACGAGCACCGCGAGGAAAAGAGAUCCCGAACACCUCAGCCCCCCGCUGAAGACGAGGAAGAGAACAUAGACGACACUCUGGUUACGAUUGAUACGUACAACUGUGAUCUUCACUUCAAAGUGUCCCGAGAUCGCUACAGCGGCUAUCCACUGACCAUCGAAGGCUUUGCUUACCUGUGGGCUGGAGCACGGGCUUCACACGGUGUCACCCGGGGUCGCGUGUGUUAUGAGAUGAAGAUCAAUGAGGAAAUCCCUGUAAAGCACCUGCCCAGUAGUGAGCCAGACCCCCACGUGGUCAGAAUUGGAUGGUCACUCAACCACUGCAGCACUCAGCUUGGUGAGGAGGCCUUUUCCUUUGGAUACGGUGGAACAGGAAAGAAAUCCUCUGACUGCAAGUUUGCGGACUUCGGUGAAAAGUUUGGGGAAAACGACGUCAUCGGCUGUUACAUUGAUUUUGACAGUGGCGACGAGGUGGAGAUGGGCUACUCCAAAAAUGGAGUGUCGUUGGGCGUGGCUUUUCGGACAACCAAGGAGGCGCUGGCAGGCCGUGCCUUGUUCCCUCACGUUCUGGUGAAGAACUGUGCUGUCGAGUUCAACUUUGGACAGAAGCCGCAGCCGUACUUCCCCGCACCAGAGGGAUACACCUACAUCCACGAUCUCGAGAUGGAGGACAAAAUUAGAGGCACUAAGGGACCUGCCACCAAAUCUGAAUGCGAGAUCUUGAUGAUGGUUGGCCUGCCUGCCUGCGGAAAGACCACCUGGGCCAUAAAACACGCAGAGACUAACCCUGAGAAGAAGUACAACAUCUUGGGCACAAAUGCCAUCAUGGACAAGAUGAAGGUGAUGGGUCUGCGUCGCCAGAAGAACUACGCCGGGCGCUGGGAUCUUCUGAUACAGCAGGCCACCCAGUGUCUCAACAGGCUGAUCGAGAUCGCUGCCCGCAAGAGACGCAACUACAUCCUAGAUCAGACAAAUGUAUAUGGAUCAGCAAGGAGACGAAAAAUGCGUCCUUUUGAAGGUUUUCAACGCAAGGCUAUUGUAAUUUGUCCCACGGACGAGGAUUUAAAAGAACGAACAUUAAAGCAAACCAAUGAGCAGGGGAAGGAUGUGCCCGAUCAUGCUGUUUUAGAAAUGAAAGCCAACUUUACUCUCCCUGAGGCUUGCGACUUCCUGGAGGGGGUGACGUACAUUGAGCUGCAGCGCGAGGAGGCAGAAGCUCUGUUGAAGCAGUACAAUGAAGAGGGCCGCAAGGCUGGCCCACCCCCUGAGAAACGCUUUGACAACAGGCAGGGCGGGUUCCGGGGCCGCGGCGGCAGCGGCGGCGGUAGCUUCCAGCGGUAUGACAACCGUGAUGGGUCCCGCGGUGGCUACCAGAACCGCAGUGGAGAUGGAGGCAGUGGAUACAGAGGUGCCGGCUACAAUCGUGGCAGCUAUAACCAGAACCGUUGGGGCAACAGCUACCGCGACGGAGGCUCUGAAGCACGCAGUGGGUAUAACCGCAGCCAACAGUCAGGGGGCAGCUACAACCGCCCGGCCCCUUACAACAAGGGAGGAUACAACCAGGGCUACAGCCAGAGUUACAAUCAAGGAUACAACCAGGGCAACUACAACCAGAGUUACUACGGCAACUACAGUCAGUACCCAGGAUACAGCCAGAGCUACAGCCAGACACCUGCCACUGCGCAGACGUACAACCACCACCAGCAACAGCCACAGCAGCAACCACAGCAGCCGCAGCAACAGCCACAGCAAACACAGAGCUACAACCAGCAAUAUCAGCAGUAUGCUCAGCAGUGGCAACAGUACUACCAGAACCAGAAUCAGUGGAACCAGUAUUACAGCCAGUACGGCAGCUACCCUGGACAGGGCAACCAAGGUUCAUCUUCUGGUUCCCAGUAGCUUUGCUCUGCAUCUGUACCUGCAUCCACCUGUGUCCUAAACACUCUGACCUCUGCAGCAAAUUGAUUUUGUACAGUCUCACAUCAAGUCCCCCAACCAUAACUGUCUCUGUCUGGUUUUACACAGUAGCCUUCAUUCAUCACCAAUCAUUGUACACAUAAACUGUAUACAGUUCGAUGUCUUUUCAUUUUUUUACUGAAUGAAGUCUUAACCUAAGCAGAAACCGUGAGGUGGUAGAUGAUAGGUAUCAAAACAUUUAAUGAAUGUUAUCUAUUAUGCAUUGAAUGCAGAUGUCUGUUGAACUGCAAACUCUACAUUUGCUACAGGUUGAGGGGGGUAAUUGUAUAUUUCUAGGAUUCAUAGUGUGAAAAAGUGACAGGGCAGGAAAAUACAGCAACGCCUGAUUAAUUUUGCUUGUUUUGAGAAGCUUAACAAAGAACAAAAUGCAUGCUUUUACCUUCAUGGCCCUUUCCCCUGUCUUGCUCUUUAUUUUUCAGUUUCUGAGUGAGCACAUUUUAUUUACUCCAAUAGAAUUCAAACAUGGAACAUUUUUUAUAGGUGUUGAUACUGUAGUAUUUAAGCGUUAAUCCAGUCUUUGAUUGAAUUGAAUAUUUUGCCACUCUGAGUAGUUGUAUCUGCAGUUUUUUUUUAUCCCUUAGUGAUUGGUGUUCAUUGAGUCCAGUAGUUAAAUCCUGUUGUCAAACCCAUUUUUUUCUACCUGAAAAUGAAAAUCUGAUCAGUGACCAGUUACCCAAGCUGUCUUCUUGUCUUUAUACAAUAAAAUGCAAUUGUAUACGCCU